AUGCAAAUAAGUCCUAAACAUAUAGAGUUUGAGCGUAAGUACCUCAAUGGACUCGGUCCUAACAUUCAGCACCAUUCACAACUUCGGCCACGAGCUCCAUCACAAUCACCAACGAUUCGCAAACGAGUAUCGCUUUCAAACAUGGAUGUGUCUAUCAUAUUUCAGGGGCUUCCAAAGGAGCCUGCGAUUGGCACCAAGUGCAAAGACAAAUUCUUGAUCGUUUCUGUCCCAUGCUCUGAUGAUCUCGAUCCAAAAUCCGUUUCUACCAUAUGGCCAGAGCUUCAAUCCGAGGCAGGGUCUACCACCGAUGUGAAAGUCAAGGUGGUUUUCAACUACAGUAGUUUGACCAAUACUAUCCACGAAGAAUCUUCACAGCAAUCUAAAUCAGACGACAGGGACGCUGCUGUUCUGGCGGCAGCUCCAUUGGCUAAUGGCCACAGUGGUGCGGAUGAAAAACCCGUCUCCGAGAAGAAUGCGGUGAACUCCGACAAUGUGCUACAAGAGACCAUGCCUGCGGCCCCAUCUACCGCCACCAAUAAAGAAGCUGCUGCUGCCGCUGCUCCAGCUAAGCAGGAACCUGCCACUUCUACUUCUGCUUCCUCUUCCAAUGUGUACGUUGUGGCGGCGCUCUUAGUUGUUCUGGCCGUCUUGUACGCAAAAUUUCUGAUGUGA